CAGCAAUGUACAAGAUGAUGAACCACAUGUAUCAUCAACGUAUAAAGAAAUUAGGCCCCACGAGCUGGAAGAAGAAGUUUGCUUAGUUAGAUAAUGUCCAUAAGCUGGAAUAACAUUUCCUGUAAAGUGGGUAAACUGACAAAUACUUUGCAGCAAGGAAAUCCUUUUUCAAUGUUAUGAUUGUUUUAAUUUGUUACAACUUUCAGAUGCAUUUAUGAAGUAUUUAAUCCUAUUUUAUUGAUACUGUUUAUCACUGUCAAAAAUAAAAACAGGUGCUGUCUUUGGAAAUAAUUGCCUCGGUGGGAGACGGCCGACUUGUUAAAAAAAAAAAAAACUAAUAGUAAUGAUGACUUGACUAAUUAUCUAACUUGAAUGAAGAAAAGAACCGUGAAAAAUUGCUAAUAGUAGAUUUGGUGUUAUUUAUAAUACCUAAUCACUUUUGUAUCAAAAUAUUUAACUUUUUACACAUUCGAAAUAUGUAUUGGGAAGUUGACAAACUGUAAAUAAAUUUUUUUCUGCAAAAUUUGCUAUAUAUAAUAUCAUUAGUGUUUUAACCAUUUUAAUUUAUUUAUACCAUCAAAAAUAAUUUAUCCUUCAUACUUUUUUAUACUAAGGUACAACAAUAUUUUUAAAUUGGGGAAUUUCUAUCAAUUAUGUGGUAUCUUAUCUCAAUGGAACUGUUUUUAAAAAUAUCUUCCCAAUAAUGAAAGAAAGUGUAAUGCUGCAGCUACAUACUUCCAUUUUUAGAGAAAAUAAACAAGACCAAUGGUAGCAUUAGUAUUUUUUAGGCAACAUCCAUUAACAAUAAAUAUCCAGUGACGAAACAAUCAACAUGCUCACCCUGAUCUGUUACAGGCAAGCUAAGUGAGCAUGUGAAGCUUAUAUAUCAGUUUUACAGAAAGGUUCACUUCAUUAAUACUGUUAUCACAUAAAGUGCAUAUAUGCAUUGACAAAUAAAUCUCUUAAUCUCACAAA